UAAAUUAAACCAAAGACAAAACGAAUAACAUUCUUUGCAAUCAUUGAUGUGCCAUUGUCACUGGCAUAACGAGGUGUGCACGUCAGUUUGGCAAACAAAAAAAAAAGUGAAACAACAAAAUCGCAAAGGCAAUAACAUUUAUGCGCGGUGUCGUCAUCAUAGACAAACAGACGAAAUAUAAAUAUUUAACUCGCGCUACUAAGUAAAUACGUACAACAAAUAGCAAUAACAACAGCAACAACAGUAACUAAAUAAGCACUGCAGGAAUGUGGCGCAGCACACACGUAAACGUUGAUAUUACAAAUAAUGCUGGGAGUGGCGUUGCCGGCGUUGGUGGGGGCGGCAUACAACGCAGCUCAUCUACACAUUUUCAAAAACAACACCAGCAGCAGCAACAACAACACCUUCAUCAUGCACAUCAGUCACAUUACAAUGAUGGCGCAACAACAACAACAACAACAGCACAAAUAACACCUGUCGGCGUGACCUCAAAGCAAUUGUCCCAAUUGCAACGCGAUCGUUUUUCCUCCUCACAGGCCAUACUGCAAGAUGCCAUAGCCGAAUCGAAGAUCAGUUUGCAUGUGAAUUAUCGGCAUAGUGGCGUUAAUGGCAAUGCUGUUGGUAGCCACAACAACAAUAACAGCAACAACAACAGUAGUAAUAGUAGUAGUGGUAGCAACAAAACGGAUCAUCAUAGCGGUGCCAUAUCCGCACAGCCACGCCCGCGUCCCGUCUCCAUGUACGAACAGUAUCGUUCGCGUCCAUAUGGUGGCGCCACCGCUUUGGAUUCGCCACCGCCACUAACACCAGCAGCAGCGGCCGCUAUUGCGCUCGGACGCAGCGAGAGUUUUUAUUUUGGUGAGAGCGCACAAAGUGUGGCCGCUUUGCGGCAACAACAUCAGCAAUUGCAAUUUCAACACAGCAGCAACAACAACAACAGCAGCAAGUCAUAUCAACUGCAGCAGCAGCAACAACAACAGCGCUAUGCUAAGCAAAUGCAGUCAUCGCCAGCGAUCAACGUUGGAAAAGCGCCAGCGCCAGCAUUAGCACGCCGUGCAAAUCUACGUCAAAGUCCCAGCGAACUGAAAGUGGAUCCUGAGCUAAUUUUCACGAAGCAAGAACGGAUCGGGAAAGGUUCCUUCGGCGAGGUAUUCAAAGGCAUCGAUAAUCGAACGCAACAGGUCGUGGCUAUUAAGAUAAUUGAUUUGGAGGAGGCGGAAGAUGAGAUCGAAGAUAUACAACAGGAAAUUAUGGUACUGUCACAAUGUGACUCACCGUUCGUUACGAAAUAUUAUGGAUCGUAUCUUAAGGGUACAAAGCUAUGGAUAAUAAUGGAGUAUUUAGGUGGCGGUUCGGCGCUGGAUCUAAUGAAAGCUGGUUCUUUCGAGGAAAUGCACAUAGCAAUAAUAUUGCGCGAAGUGCUAAAGGGUCUGGACUAUCUGCAUUCGGAACGCAAAUUGCAUCGAGACAUCAAAGCGGCCAACGUAUUGCUAAGCGAAAUGGGUGAUGUGAAAUUGGCUGAUUUCGGUGUGGCCGGACAGUUAACGAACACAACGUCGAAGCGUAAUACAUUCGUAGGUACACCAUUUUGGAUGGCACCCGAAGUGAUAAAGCAGUCCAUGUACGAUUCCAAAGCGGACAUUUGGUCACUCGGCAUCACAGCCAUUGAAUUGGCCAAGGGUGAGCCGCCCAAUUCGGAGCUGCAUCCAAUGCGUGUUUUAUUUUUGAUACCGAAAAAUAAUCCGCCACAAUUAACGGGAAACUAUACGAAAUCUUUCAAGGAUUUCGUGGAAGCGUGCCUUAAUAAGGAUCCUGAAAAUAGACCGACAGCCAAGGAACUAUUGAAAUAUCCUUUUAUCAAGAAAGCCAAGAAGAACUCGUACCUUAUCGAUUUAAUUGAUCGCUAUAAAAAAUGGAAGCUGCAGAAGGGUGAUGAAAGCGAAACCGAAUCGGAGAACUCAGAUUCUGACGAAUCGAAACCUGGCGGCAAUAAUGAUGAACCUUGGAUAAUGACCGUUAAAGGUCUGAGCAUCAAUAAUGCACCACGCGAAUCCAUUGUUCCAAAUAGCAGCUUUAAAGAGAUGGAACACAUGAAAAUAUCACAGAAAUUAUCACAAAGUAGCGGUGCAACGCCGAUAGCAAUUAAUGCGAUCAACAAACACUAUCCGGGUAGUGGUGCAACGUCAGUAGCGUUGUCACCGUCCGCCACAGCGCAACUGCACGACAGCAUGGCGGGCAGUCCGCCAAGUACAGCCACCACAUCAUCAUCAUCAACAUCAACGUCCGCCGCAACGCAACGCGACGCCAACUUAAAUCAUUACAAACAAGCAGCGGCAUCGGCUGGCGUGCUGCGCUCAUCCAGCGCUAAUAUAGCGCAUCAAACGCUCAGUCCAACACAUAAGCAAUCAUCGGGCAGUCAAGAGCUGCUCUCGUCCUCGAGCGGUAGCAAUUCGCCAAAUGCUGAUGGCAUGAAGAAGAUCAGCAAUAGCAGCAGCAGCAAUGCGGUCUUCCAAGAGUCCAAAUCGAACUUGAGACAGAGUCGCUCCGCCUCACUAGAUGAGGAGCAUGAACAGCGACGCUCAUCGCUCAUCGAGCAUGCCAAAAGUGAAGAUCAACUGCGUGAAGAGGAGUCACGUGCACAGCGGCGCAGUAUGCAUGCCAGCGGUGUGUCAUCCAACUCGUCGCCGAUGCUUAGCUCCAGCUCGAGUGGUGGUAAUUACAAUGGCAAUACGUCAUUGUCGAAUAGUAGUGCGCAUGGCAGCGAACGUUCAGCGUAUGGCGCGGCAUUGGAGGUGUCUGCGUCGGCAUCAGCCGCCGCCACAGCGGUGUCAUCAAAUAAUUCCAAUCACAAAUUGGGUGGCAAUCGUGUGAUGCAGACAAAUAGCGCAUGCCUGAAUAAUUUCCUCUUUCCAGUGCUUACGGAUAUUCAACGAAAGUACGCCAAUUCGAGCAAAAAUUCAAACGUUACGGACAUUGGUGACUUAAAGUCAGUAUUGGAAUUGGCCGAGCGUAGCAGUCCAGGUGUCAGUGAUUUGUUUCUCAAAGAGAUAAUUCACAAAUUAGUUCCCGGCUACUCGGAGACGCGUAUUAACAAUAUUAUGGACAGGGCUAUCAGAAAUAAGAAGUAAACGAACACAAUGGUACAUGGACUGAUUUUAAAUAAAAACAACACAACAACAACAACAACAUAAAUAUCUAAAUGUUAUGAUAUUGAAAAUAAUAAAUAUAAAACAGUUUGGAGAGAUUGGAACAAUGUGCAUAUAUAGCAAAUAUUUUAGAAAUUGCGCCGAAAAUGCGCAAUUAAGCGAUAUCUCUUUAAAAAAAAGCAAAGAAAAGUAAAAAAAACAAACGUAACUCCAUACCUAAAUAAAUUUAAAUAUAUUUAAAAGAAAUUUAACAAAAAAUGAUACAACAACAACCACAGUGUACUACCCCCGCAAUAUUGUUUGUUAUGAUAGUGUAAUAUUUAUUGGAUUCCAAAUAAAUCGUUGCCACACACACACACUGCUGCGUGCGGCGAUCAGCUGUUAGGUUCUCGUUUGAAGAUUAAUUAAUUGUAGAUAAUUUGAUGAAAUCAACUAUAACUAUAUUGCAUACGAAGGUACAUUAAUUUAGUGUGAAUGUAAAAUGCAAAUACAUAUUAAAUUAAAAGAAAAAAACGUCUUAUAAACAGAAAAAAAAAAACAAAUAAACAAAAAUGAAAUGUAAUGACUUAUUUGUGUAGUGUUUAGCUAAAUUCAAGUCAUACGCUAUAGCGCCGAUCAGUUUGCCACCACAAAACAAGCGCUGCUGUGGAGAUACGACGCAUAUUUGUUGUACUCUUUCCACACUUUCCCACACAUUUCGGUUGGUCUUAUAUACUAGAUAUAUAGUUACAUAUAUGUAGUUAAAAUUAAAUGUAAAGCAUAACGCGUGGAAAAUGCGAAAUUGUAUGAGUUCAGUUCUUACUUUUAUAAUUUAGUAAUUUUUUUGUUUUGUUUUUGUAUUAAUUCACACUUAAUAUUAGUUUUAAUUGUAAACAAUAAAGUUAAAGUAACGUACAUAUAUACAAAAAUAUAUGAAAAAGGAAUGAAGAAAAUAACAUAAAAAACAAAAAUAAAAUAAAAAAUACAGUCUAUGCAAAAAUAUAGUAAACUAUGUGGCAAUGCAACAUUGCAACUAACAUGGCAUGCAAACAUACCUACAUACAAUAUUAAUACUAAAAAAAUAAAUGAAUAAAAAUAUAAAAGAAUAAUAGUAUUUAGCAAUAAAACCUACAAUACAUACAUACCUAUUUGAAAAAUCAGCAACAACAACAAAACGGAAAAACGUCAAGCAAAGUAAAUAACAGUAAUGGCAAAUAGUUUUAACAAAGCAAACAACAGUAAGAAAAACUCGUAAUGAAGUAAAUACAAAUAAAUAAUCGGACAAUAUUAUAAAGACUA